AUGGCGGGCGCGGCCGUGCUGCGUGUGCGGCGGAAGCGCGGCAGCUCCGAGCCGGCCGAGGCGCUGCUCCUGGCCUGCAAGCGGCGCCGGGCCGAGCCCGUGGAGAACAACCUCUUCAAGCUCGCGGCGACCGUGUCCUCCAAGGAUGAACCAGUUCAGAAAUACGUUAAAGAUGCCAUCACGCGGGACAAGGCAGCUCAGAGCCUGCGGCCCCCUUUGGGAAGCACCCAGCAAAUCCUUCAGGAGCUGCGCUGUGCCAAGCAGGCGGAAAGGAAGGAGAAGCGGUACCGGGUCAUUUCCAGCCACCGGCCCCACUGCGCCCACACAGCUGCACCUGCCACAGACGGACAGGCCGUGCCCCACGGGGACAGGUCGGACUCUGAAGCACUGCAGGAUGCUUCACCAGAGGAGAGCGGUGCUGUGGAUAAAAGUUCAGGCUGCUGUGGGAAAUUCCAGCUGUUUGAUAUUAUACAAGAAGAGGAGACGGUGGGAGAUCCCAGUGCAACCACUGCAAACCCACAGCAGAAGACCAAUCCAGAUGCAAUCCUUUGCAAUGCAGUAGAGAUGAUCCGUGAGCGUUUAAAUAUUUCUGAAGAUGGUAAAGAACAACACGGUCACAAAGAAGAUGAGUAUGUUUAUGACAUCUACUAUAAGGAAACAUCAGCCCCUGACUGGAUUGAAAAUAUCCUUUCUGUGCAGCCCUACAGAGAAGAAUAUGAAUGGGUAAAUGAUGAUCCUGGUCCAGAGGAAGUGUAUGACGAUGAAGACGAUGAAAAUGAUGAAAAUAACUGGCGUAAUGAUUAUCCUGAGGAAGAUGAAUUCUUGCCUGAGGAAGAUGGAGAAAGAGAUUCAGAAGACAGCCUCAGUGAUGAGGACCAAUGUUACAGAAGAAGAACAUGGGACAAGUAUCGAGAGGAGGUUUUGAAGGAAUUUGGAUACGAUCAGAUUGAAGAUUUGGGUUCUGACUAAACAGCCUGGUUUUGGAGAUGAAAUGCACACUGAAGGUGAACAUUUGCUGCUUUAGGAGAAUGUACUAUCUGAGCAGCCAGCUUCAGCUGGUGGACAUUAAACAGAUGAGUGUGUUAUAGGUAAAAGUUAAGUUAUGUUAGAUUAGUGUAUAGUUCAAUUAUAUUGUAUAUAUUAUAUUAAUUGUAUUAUGUUAAGAGUGGGGGGGUUAUUAGAAUGUUCUAGAAGAAGGGUCCAGGGUUUGGUGGAACGGAGGUCCGGUGGGGCAAGGUGAGGUUGUAGAGGGAUUGGAUGGAACAUCUGACCAAUCAUUCGAAGCCCUGCAGAAAAAAUUGGUCCAGAAUGAACGGCGUUUAAGACCAAUGAGGAGCCUGGAAAUGGACCAGUCACCAUGCGGAUCCGUAAUGGACCAAACCUGGACUCUGAGGGGGCUAUAAACGGGGGGAGUUUGGUUGGGCUGGGGUUCUUCUUUUUGGAAGGUUGCUUUUGGGGGAGAACCCAGUGCACUUGUGGGUAGCGUUUUUGGCUCACUGUGUGGGGUGCUCGGGCUUAUCCCAGGUAUUCCGUUCCUUGUAACUAUUUUAAUAAAUGAGAACCUCUUUUUCCAGAGAAA